GUCAGCUGGGGGUGUCGUUUUGAUAGUGAUAGGACAGCAGCAACGAUUUCAGCAACACAGGCAGUGAGGCAGUGUAAGUUUGUCAAUUGAAGUGUUUGGGGGACGUUACAGAGCAAUAAGAAGAUUCUUGAUUUUUUCGGGUAUAAAUAGCAAUAAACAUUUUCUGUGGUAUAUCUUAUACAGAAAAAUGUCCCUAGCAACGGAAACUGUAGCCACAACUGUGUACGAGGGCCAGAAGCCAGGCACCAGUGGAUUACGCAAAAAGGUUAAAGUAUUUACCCAGGCAAACUAUACGGAAAACUUUGUCCAAUGUAUUUUGGAUGCUAAUGGAGAUGCCCUUAAAGGCUCCACGUUAGUGGUUGGUGGUGAUGGCCGUUUCUAUUGCAAAGAGGCUGCCGAAUUAAUUAUACGCAUGUGUGCUGCCAAUGGGGUUGGUAAAUUAUUGGUAGGUCAAAAUGGCAUACUAUCAACCCCUGCUGUAUCAAGUUUGAUACGUCAUCACAAGGCAUUGGGUGGCAUUGUCCUGACUGCAUCUCACAAUCCUGGUGGCCCCGAAAACGAUUUCGGCAUCAAGUUUAAUUGUGAAAAUGGUGGCCCAGCUCCCGACGCUUUUACAAAUAAAAUCUAUCAACUUUCAACUGCCAUCAAAGAGUACAAAAUUGUCAAAGGUCUGCCGGUGGAUAUUACCAAAGUCGGUACUACCACACACACCGUUAACAAUCAACCAUUUGUUGUUGAAGUUAUCGAUUCAGUGGCCAAUUAUGUUAAUCACAUGAAGGAGAUUUUCGAUUUUGCCAAACUCAAGGAUUAUGUUAGCGGCAAAACGUCGGGAAAACCAUUGAAAAUGCGUAUCGAUUCUUUGAAUGGUGUCACCGGAUCCUAUGUAAGAGAGAUCUUCUUAAAUUGUUUGGGUGCCAGUGAACAGUGUGUGGUGCACACAACUCCGUUGCCUGACUUUGGUGGUUUACAUCCGGAUCCAAACUUGACAUACGCCAAGGAUUUGGUAGAUGCCGUGGCAAAUGGAGAUUAUGAUAUUGGUGCUGCCUUUGAUGGUGAUGGUGAUCGUAAUAUGAUAAUUGGCCAUAAGGCUUUCUUUGUUACCCCCAGCGAUUCUUUGGCUGUUAUUGCCCAUUACUUGGAGUGUAUUCCUUAUUUCCAAAAGAAUGGUAUUCAAGGUUUUGCCAGAAGUAUGCCAACUGCCUCGGCUGUCGAUUUGGUGGGCAAAAAGUUGGGCAAGGAGGUAUUUGAAGUACCCACUGGCUGGAAAUAUUUUGGUAACCUAAUGGAUGCCGGUCGUUUGUGUCUGUGUGGCGAAGAAAGUUUCGGUACAGGCUCAAACCAUAUACGUGAAAAGGAUGGCAUUUGGGCUGUUUUGGCCUGGUUAUCCAUUAUGCAACACACCGGCAAGGGUAUUGAAGAUAUUUUGAAGAAUCAUUGGUCGGUCUACGGCCGUAACUAUUUCACCCGUUACGAUUAUGAAGAGUGUGAAUUGGAUCCAUGCAAUGAAAUGAUGGCAACGAUGGAGAAAACUAUUACCGAUCCCUCUUUUGUGGGUAAGGAAUUCUCCAGUGGUGGCAAGAGCUACAAAGUCAAAGUUGCCGAUAACUUCGCCUACACUGAUCCCGUUGAUAAGUCCGUGGCCACCAAACAGGGCUUGCGCAUUGUCUUUGAGGAUGGCAGUCGUAUUGUUAUGCGUUUAAGUGGAACUGGCAGCAGUGGUGCUACUGUGCGAUUGUAUAUUGAUUCCUAUGAAAAGGAUAAUGUUUUAGGACAAGCCAGUGUAAUGUUGAAACCCUUGAUUGAUAUUGCCUUGGAAAUAUCACAAUUGCCUAAAUUCACCGGUCGCAAUGCCCCCACCGUUAUUACAUAAAUUUGUCUAUGUUCGGUCAGGAACACACCAACAAGCAACUACCUCAUAUUUAGUAGAGGUAUAUGUUGAUUAUUUUUCUUUGAAUUUAAACCGCGGCCCAAAUGUUUUUGGUUGUAAAAUUAAUUUUAUUGUUAUAAUGCAUUUGUUUUAGUAGACUAUUAAAUAUAUUUAAUAAACAAAAUACAUAUAAAUUUAAAAAA